AAGAAGGACAAUAGGGUCCUGGAUUUGAUACGGCAAAGAGAAAUACAAGAUUCAACAACGCAUACAAUUCUACAAAAGUUACAUGUUACGGAAAAUCUAAUAUCGCGUUUAGGUUUAGAAAAGGAAUUAAAUGGUCAUACAGGCUGCGUUAAUUGUUUAGAAUGGAACGAGACUGGAGAAGUUCUUGCAUCGGCUUCGGAUGACAAGGAUAUCAUAUUAUGGGACCCUUUCCGUUAUGAAAAGAAAUUGGUACUUCACUCUGGUCAUCGUGGAAAUAUAUUCUCUGUAAAGUUUAUGCCAAAAUCAAAUGACAGUGUACUGGUGUCAGGUGCAGGGGACUGCAGAGUUCGGAUACACGAUCUUACGCUCUCCGAGCCGAUAUUCACGUGCAAAUGCCACAAGCAGCGUAUCAAACGCGUCGCCACCGUGCCCAGUAUACCUUUCUUGUUCUGGAGCGCGGGUGAGGACGGUCUCUUCCUGCAAUACGACAUUCGUACGCCACACGCUUGCAGGAGUAACGACCACAGUGUGCUCGUGAAUUUGGUGUAUCAUAUGGGUCGUUAUGCGGAAGGCAAAUGCAUUGCUGUGAACCCGAGGAAGCCUGAACUCGUAGCCAUUGGAGCGAAUGAUGCAUAUAUUCGGAUGUAUGAUCGACGAAUGAUAAAGCUGUCACAGAUUCCACCGUCUCCCACGAUACAAGAUAACUCGGACUGGGCUAACGUCAGCAUGUAUCGAGCAGGCAAGGGCGAUCCGGAUGACAAUAUUCCACUGGGUAGCGUGCAGUACUUUAUCGCGGACCAUCUGCACUCCCGUGACGGUAACAGAAGCAUCACGACUACUUAUCUAACAUUCAGCGACGACGGAAAUGAAUUGCUCGUGAAUAUGGGUGGCGAACAGAUCUACUUGUUCGAUAUCAAUGAUUCGAACAACUCGAGAACCUUUUUUGGAUCCAAAAGAUAUUCAGAAUCAACCGAGCAAAGCCAGGAACAAAAUGAUGUCUGUAGUAUGGAAGAUCUCACGGAUAAAAAUGUCAAAAUAUUGCCAUCUCACGUUGAAGAAUUAAAGCGCCAAGCAAACGAAGGUUUUGAACAACAAAAAUAUUCAUUAGCAAUUAAUUUGUAUAAUAAAGCAAUUUCUCACUGUCCAACGGCGGCGGUAUUGUUUGCCAAUCGAGCAGCUGCUUAUAUGAAACGUGCUUGGGACGGCGAUAUUUAUGCCGCUUUACGAGAUUGCAAGGUGACGUUACUUCUCGAUCCGGAACAUGUAAAAGCUCAUUUUAGAUUGGCGCGUUGUCUGUUUGAUUUAAAUCGAUCCAUCGAAGCUGACAAAGUGCUCAAGAAUUUCCAACAAAAAUUUCCAGAAUAUGCAUCUAAUUCAGCAUGCAGAGCGUUAAAAAUGGAUAUAAAAGAAGCUAUUGACGCCGGAAAGGAUGUUACGCAAACCAAUCAGACAUUUUAUCCAAUAUCGGAAUACGAGCAAGAAUGGAGACGUAACACAAUCGAUUACAAAAUGAGAUUCUGCGGCCAUUGUAAUACCACGACUGACAUAAAGGAGGCGAACUUUUUCGGAAACAAUGGUCAAUACAUAGUAGCUGGCUCAGACGAUGGUUCCUUUUUCAUUUGGGAUCGUAAUACCACCAAUAUUGUGCGUGUACUACGAGGAGAUGACAGGAUUGUCAAUUGUUUACAACCACAUCCAUCCACGUGCUUGCUAGCUACUAGCGGCAUUGAUCCAGUAAUCCGGUUAUGGAGCCCAUGGCCAGAGGAUGGUAGUGUAAAUGAGAGAGAAAUUCAAAAUUUGGACGAUGCUGCGUCGGCCAACCAAGUGCGCAUGAACAGUGAUCCGUUUGAGCUAAUGCUCAUGAACAUGGGAUACAGAUUUCCCGUUUCCCAGCAUGAAUUUAGCGAUGAAGACGGUGAGGAUCAGCACGACCAGCCGAUAACGCAAGCUUUAAAUUGUAGGCCAAGCUAAUUCUCGCAAGAAAGAGCACACUAAAAACGACUAGAUAUAAUUGAGGAUUUAUCAUGUGUAUUUAUAAUUAUCACUAUUAUUUGAAUUUUAAUUCUUUUUUUCACUGAUAAUACGUCUUAAUACGUCUCAAAGCACUUACGUUGUAUAAUUUUUUAAGCAGACAAUUUUGUAAGCGGUCAAAAGCGAAACAAGACCUUAAAAUCUUAUAAUUAUAAUUUUUAAUUGCUAAAAUAUUGUGAUGUAUCGUUAAGGAAAUUGCAAAAAUUACAUGAACAUUAUUUUGAGUCUUA